AAUAACACAUGGAGAAUACGAUGCCAACAAUUCAACGUUACCGCAUCUUUUAUUACUUAUUUUAAAAAUUUCUGAAACAAAAAUUACGGGAAAAGCAACGUCCUCUGUCUUUCAUUGUCUUUUAUCAGCAGCUGACUGCCUGAAAAUCUUGUGCGUUUGCAUUUGUUUUAGAUGUGGUCAAGAUAUAUUAAUGAAGGUUGUGGUGGUGGUGGUGUGAGUUUUGUGAACUACUGACAGAAACAGGAACAAAGACAGUUUCGACAGUUUUGAGGGUUUGGUUCGGAUUGUCAAAGUGGAGUGUGGUGGAGAGGAUAUCUCGCUGGCUAUUUAGAAAUGACAAAUGUUUUUUAGAAAAUCUUACGAUUGAGAGACAACAUGAUACAGAAAUAUUGACAUAUGCAGUGAAUGUUUGACAUUAAUUCUGCUUGUUUCUUAUUUAGAGUUGAUUUUGGUUAUGUUAGAGAUGAAAAAUCUCCCGUGCAUGUAAAAUUUAGGUUGUGUGAAGACAGAUGCGAGUUGAAAGCUUACAGAUUGUGUGCAAUUAUUGUCAAAUAAGUUAUAGUUUAUUUUAAUAAUGUUAAGUUACUUGUUUACCAUUACUAUAAUAAUUGUUUUGAUGGUGGUGGACCAAAGUUACCAGAAUGAACUACUAGUAAGACGAGAUGGCAGAGGACUAGUAAAUCCAUUUGUUUUGGAAGGGAAAUAUAAUAAAAAUUAUACCUUCAGUGUAAAUGAUUCUAGGGAAUACAUAUUUCAGUUCGAUGAAGCAGUGGACACUCCAGCUUGCAUAACUGUAGAAUGUUAUGACUCAAACAGGACAUAUCCUAUAUUGAUAGUUGUAAGGCAGCAGAAAGGGGUUUUGUCAUGGCAAUUACCUCUUAUUGUAGAAACUGCUACUUCUAGGCGUGAAUAUUAUCGAACUAAUCGUACAUUGUGUCCUGACAACAAUUAUUACCUUGAAUCACAACUGACAGCUAGCAGUAGAGAUGUCAUUGUCAGUAUUUCUACUGCAAGUCCUCACAAUGUUACAUUCUCUCUCUUAGUAAAAACAGUUGACAACUUUUUUGUACAACUAUCACAGACUUACGAUGUUCUAGUUUCUCCAUCAGAACCUUCAUAUUUUGCUUUCAAGUUUCAAAAAGAAGACCCAGAUACUGUGUUACUUCAGGUGGACUCUAAAGAUGAAAUUUGCACUGCAGUUUCAGUUCAAGAUCUUACGUGCCCAGUUUUUGAUCUGGAGAGGAAUGUUCAGUUUGAAGGAUACUGGCAAACAAUUAGCAGCCAAGGAAGUAUUACUUUAAGUCGUGAUGCAUUUCCUUCGGGUUUCUAUGUUGUAUUUGUUGUGAAAGGAGAUGACUACGAGUGCUCAGGCAAAGUUCCAGGUUAUGCCAACAGCACGGUAGAGCCUCGACGUAAAAAUCUCACAUUCUCUUUGUCUCCUGGAAUCACAUACAGAGACUACAUUCUAGCAACAUUGUGUACUGUAGCAGUUUUUGUUGUUGUAUACAUACUGUGCUUUGUGAUUGCUAUCACAUAUUAUGUCAGGAGACGCCGGCAACCUUCGGAAAUUAGUUACUUGGAUGAUGACAGUUGUGUGUCACCUUCCUCAACAGUACCUCCUACAAUAUACGGACAAAUUCAAAGCCCAUUAUCGGAGGGCAGUACUGUACUCAACCAGACUGGAGAUCAAGAUCUUUGUUAUUACAAUUUUCUCUGUGCUCAUCCAUUUGGUUUAUUAAGUGAUUUUAAUCAUGUAUUUUCCAACAUUGGAUAUGUGCUUUUGGGUCUUCUAUUCAUCUUGCUUACAUGGCGUCGUGACAUGAUGCAUCGCCAGUCAGAUCGGCGGCUUGAUAAGUAUUAUGGUAUACCUCAACAUUAUGGAUUGUUUUACGCAUUGGGAGUUGCGCUUAUGAUGGAAGGAAUAUUGAGUGGUUGCUAUCAUGUGUGUCCCAACCACUCUAAUUUCCAGUUUGAUACCAGUUUUAUGUAUGUCAUUGCAAUGUUGUGCAUGCUAAAGAUUUAUCAAACAAGACAUCCUGAUAUUAAUGCUAGUGCAUACUCAACAUUUGCAUUACUAGCUGUUGUAAUUAUGGUGGGCAUGAUUGGAGUACUUAAUGGUAAUGCAGCCAAUUGGGCGUUGGCUAUCUACGGCUUAAUGUAUCAUCUAAAAGAUUUUGCUACAUACCUUCUGUCAAUAUUCAUGGCAAAUUUAUUAUUAUAUACCAUGUUCUACAUAGUCAUGAAGCUGUGCUACCGUGAGAAAAUUCUUCCUCAACCUCUUAUCUACAUAAUACUUGCGUGUGUUGCAUGGGGUGCAGCCCUUUAUUUCUUUUUGAAUAAAUCAAUAAGCUGGGCUGUGUUGCUGACACUUGAUGAUGAUUUGAUACUUGUUCAUCGGAGUAGGAUACCUGUAUUUUGAUACCGUGAAGAAUUGUGCUUUUCUGUAACUUGUGAAAUGAAUAACCCAUGAAUGCUGCUUUAUUGAAGAUGAACAUCAAUAUGAAAACAGCUUCUGUUGCUUCAGUUUUUCAGUAUUUAUCUUGGAAAUGGUUGAAGUUUACACCAUAGCUCCUAUUGUCAAAAGAAGGAUGUUAAAAUUAACCAAAGAUAUAAUCAGCAAAAUUAUGAUUCAUGGAUGUUCCCUGUUCAUCACUGACUUUCAAAAUUAUCACGACCAAAUAUGUGAGGAGAGGUGUGUGUGUGUGUUUAGAAACAAAAUUGUUAUCUUAUAAGUGAUCAUAGCCUGAUAAUAUUUAAUUUUGUAAUUUUCUAUUUGUUUAUGAUUUGUAUUAUUAAUUUUUUUAUCAUGAAAAGAAGCAUUUGUUAUGCUAGAAGGUGACAUGAAUUUAAGUAUAAUGUUUUUAACAUGCUCAUGGAAUUGUACAAUACAUGUAUUUAUGAAUAAUUUUUUGUUUGUAGUAGUUAUGUGGUUCAUAAUACUCUGCAUUUAUUGGUUCAUGUACUUUUGAUUUAGAAAAUUAAGCAAAUUUUUUAAUCAUUUUAAUGAUACAAAAAUGACGUACAUGCUGUGUGAUAAUGAACUGCUCAUUUUGUCUUUUCUCAAUAUUCUUCAGACUUUGAGUAAAGUGUAUAUACAUGGUUUGAUUUUUAGUGAUCAGUAAAAAUGUGGUAGGUGUAUCGCAUUUUAUUGAGCAUUCAAAAUGCGUGUUUACUGUGAUAACGCAAAAAUAUUUUAUAUUUUUUGUGGAGCAUACAUAUAUAUAUCAUUAUUAGGUUUUUAUAUAAUAGAAAUGAAUGCUUAUGAACACAUUUUAAAGAAUGUAUAUUGUAAGUAAACAAACUGCUUGUUCCUACCCAUUUUGUUGAGAAUAUAAGCUUAAAAAUGUGGUUAAUCUGUGAUCUGUUGAAUAAUUGUAUUAAAAUCAUAAGUAAAGAAAGAUACUUCAAAAUGUUUUUCAGCUGUAAUAAUUCACAUAUCUUUAUUUUCUUUGCAUCAGUUCAAAAACAUCUGAAUAAUUUUAACUCUCAAUUUUUUGAAUGAAUUGAUAAGAAAUAUUAAAUAAGAAAUCUCAUAUGAUGCAUUAACUCUUUAGUAUGUGAAUGUACAUUGAUAUAAAAUGCAUAUAAAAGUUGGCCCUGAGGAUACUCGUCUCUCAUUUUCUUUUAAUUGUAAUUUGGAAUAAGUUUGUUGCCACACCAGUUCCUCAGUAGGCAAAUUCAUUCUUUUGAAACAUCAGAGAAGUAAUGAAUUCAUAGCGAUACUAUGUAGUUCGAAACAUCAUCUAAAUCAUAUGGAUUGACAAAAUCUUUAUGAUCAAUUUUAUAAAAUGCAGAAUGUUUACAUUAUUGAUCUUCCAGGAAUGUGAUAUGUAAAUAAAGCCAUAUAUGUUUACCAUGUACAGAUUUUUAAGAGUCUUUGAAAUCUAAAUAAAAAAAAAGCGGAAGAUUCAUAUUUACAGAUUUUUGUUUCUAUUCAAAAAGCAGUGUUAACUUAGUUUUGUUCUUAUUUUACUAACAUUUCCUUUUUCUGUCAUUGGAUGUGGUUAUAAUUUUAAAUUUCAUCAGAUUUCUGAUUCAUUUUUCCCCCUCUUCAAAUCAAUUUACUAGAAAAUAUUUAUUACUGAUUUGUCUGCUGUAUUUUUGUUAAAAUACAAAAUUUAUUUACUUGCAUUUUAAUUCAUCUAGCAAAGACCUUUAACAAUGGCAGGAGGAGUAAAGUAAUUUUGUUUGGUUUUCUAUAUCAACACAUUGUCUGUGCAUGGAAUAACAUGUGUGUUCAUUUCAUACUUUUAUGACAAAUUUGAUCUUCCAUGAUCAAAAAAUAAUAUUCUUGUAGUUGGUAAGUUUAGAAGAAAAUCAAUGUCAUAUAAGCUAUUUUGAAUAUUUGCAGCACACUAGACUCCAUAAUUCCCAAAAAGCAAAAAUUGAACAAAAUGUUUUAUUGGUUUCCCACUCAAUUACAAGUAUUUAAUGAUGAGUUAUUUUUGUAAUUGAUAUAUAUAUAAUUAAAUUCCAUUUUUAAUACAAAUGACCUCACAAAAGUUUUUGUAUACUAGUAAUAGCAACAGAACUGCAAAAUCAAGACAUGGUAUUAAGGAUUUUGCUUAUUGAAGUUCCUUAUCAACUUACUGUCUUGCCAUUAAAUAUAGUCAUUUUGUCCAUGACUUCUUUGAUAGAAUUAAGUGAUUUCUCAAUGCUUUAUGCACAGGGUGAAAGUUUAUCAGUUUGUGAUUUGACAGGGGAUCAUUCCAUGCUAGAUAGUUUCAAAUCCCCUGCUUGACAAGAAUUAACUUGUCCCCACAAUAAAUCCUCAUGUAUGAUUUUCACUCUGUGAAAUGUUUAAAUCAAUCUAACACUCCCAAGAGCAUUCUUUCAAUUUAUUCAGACUUCCGUGUUAGUUCAGUUGAUGAAUGGUCAAUUUUUACCCUCUGGAGUCCCCUUGACAAAUUUAUCAAUUCGUACCCUGAUUGUAUUGUAAUCAAAUCAUCAUUUCAAAUGCUGUUAGGUAAGGCUUGUGAGUACUGAAAUGCUGUGGUCUUCACCCUAGCAGUUGAAUAUUUUUAGUGACUAGUGGAAAUGCCUGCCUUGAGUAAUCAAAACAAAGAUUUGAAAGAAAAUGGGGAAAAACAUUGAGAUUUGAUCAGAAGAAAAUUGUUACAUGAAGAUUUGUUUAAUUGAAGAAAGUAUUUCUUGUGGUAUCUUCUGUCUGUGCUUAUGUUCUGCAAAUAUUAUUUCCAUUUGUUAUCAUUGUCAUACUUUUUAUAUCUCCAAGUAAGAGAAGUAAUAUAUUUUCUUCAUUACCAUCAUGUUUAUUUCUCUUAUCUCUAUUUCUAUUGUUAUAUAAUUCAUUACGAUAUACAAUACCAUUAUCCAUUUCAACGGAAUUUUCUUGAAGAAAAUGUAUGUUAAUUUAAAAAGUUGUUCUUUGUGUGUUAUAUAUAUAUUUUAUGAGUGCUUGAUAAAAUUCAUUUUUAUAAUAGUUUGUUGUAUAUGUAUUAUUUUAUAUGUAAUUGACUAAUGAAGGUGCUUUGUCUAUGAAGGAAGUAAACUGACAGAAAUAUUAUGAAAAAGAAAUACAGUAAGUCUUUGAAAACAAAUUGAUUGCAGCAUGAGGAAGUUUUCUCUCAAAAAUGUGUUACAUUUGUUUCCAAAAGAAUAAAAAAUUAAUAGCACAUUUUUAUAAAAUAAAGACCUAUACAAUUUUUAAUACCUAGGUUUUGUUUGCAUCAUUUUGUGAAUUCUUGCCUGCAGUAUAAAUUAAAAAUUAGGGAGAUUUUAAAUUGAAUAUGUACGUUUAAUAUUAUAUUUAAUAUUAUUCACUAGAUGCAAAGAAAAUAUUUGGAAACAUGUCACACAAUACUGAAGGUUCAUGCAAUAAACAGUAUUAUGUUCGUAAUGGUAAUAAAUUACCAUAAAGCAAUUUAAAAUCAAAUUCAACUUGAAUUAUAGAAAGGCUCUAAAAUUUUCAAACACUAAUACAGCAACAUACUCUUGCCAUAAGAAUUUGUUUCUCAGAUUGGUUUGAGAAGGUUUCUCUAAAGUAUAUUUUUUCUUAUUAUUUUCAAUUUAAUAUGUUACAUUAGGAACUUCCUUUUUGUUUUGUUUACAAUAUUUACUGCCUGUAAUUUUUUUUAUUACUUAAACUAUUUUAAUUCAAUAUAACUUUUCAGAAAACCAAAGUUAUGAAGUUAAACGAAGGAAACAAUUUAAUGAGAGAUUGUUUUCUCUAAACUAGGAUCUUUGCCUUCUUGUACAGGAACUCUUCAAAUUAAUUGUCACAAAUUUUACAUUUGGAAGUGUUUGUUCAAUUUUUUCCUCAAAAGAAAAUUGUACUUGCUUUGAAAAUUAGUUUUACUGAAUCCAAUGUAGCUUAUUGAGGUAGGGCACUUGGUAUGCAAGUUUAUUUGAUGAAAAAUAAUUUAGUUUUCUUACGAUUCUAGUCAGUAACUAAUUGUAUGAAUUAUGAUUUUUUUAUGUAAUGAAAUAUGUGUAUGGUAAAAUUUACAUUGUAAUUAUACUAUUAAAAUUUUGGGACGAAACAUUUUAACAGAUGAAUAAAUGUGCUCAAAUAAUUAUA